AUGUGUCCCUUAGUCGACCAUGAAGAGACACGUUAUUUAGAGAGAAUAAAGAGAAAAAGCAAGGAGAUUUUUCAGCAACUUAAGGAAAGUCAAUACAAUAUGGAUGUGAAGGGGAAACUCUCAAGAGGGAUAUAUGAGGAACUGAAGGAAUGGUGCCAUAAACCAGACAAGGACCUGCUCCAGCAUUUUGAAACCAUGUUGAAAAAUCUGAGAUGUCUGCUGUCUGGUCCUGGUCACACUGAUGCUGCCAACAAUUCAAAAAGAUCUAAAUAUUUUCUUGCCUGGGUUGCUGAGGCAUUCACUUCUGGUCAGCAUUUCUGGGAGGUGGCAGGCUGUGACAACUGGGCAAGUGGAUUUCCUAAUGAUUCUUGGACAAGGAAGAAUGAUGUGGUAGUUGACUUGAAGGGAAUUUUUCUCCUUUUUUGUAUCAAGGAGAACAAUCAGUGCUGUCUCUUUACCUGCUCCCCACUAUUACCUCAAUAUGUCAAAAGGCCUCUCAGCCAUGUAGGGGUGUUCCUGGGUCAUGAAGGUGGUGUGGUGAGCUUUGUCAGAGUGGCCAGGAGUUCCCUCAUUUGUAAUUUUCUCUCAUGCUCCUUCUCAUCUCCUCUCAAGCCUUUUCUUUGCUCUGGACGCCCAUGA